AUGGUUGUGUUGCAGAGUGUGAGCGAGAUGACCCUACCCCCUCACCUGGUGGACGUGACUUCUGUGCUCCGCGGCGCCCUGCCUGUCUUGCCGCGCUCCCUAGCCGCCCUCUGCCUCACCCUCAAUAUUCUCCUCCCUGGUCUAGGGACUGCGGCCAGUGGGUGGCUGGGCCUCUGCUGGGGCAGGAAUCGCAUGGGGACUAUGGAGACGACUGGCCAUCGCUUCACCUCAGUGGUGGUGACUGCAGUCACCGGCUUCGUCCAGCUCUUCACCGUGACAUUCUUCCUGGUCGGGUGGUUCUGGGGAGUGGCGUGGGGCAUCCUGCUCGUCUCCAUAGCCAACAAAUACGCCCACUUCCUCUCCGAGCACCGCACCUCCCUCACUGGAGCUGUCAGUCUGGAGAUGUUGGCGGUCAACGCCAGCUGA